AUGGCUACAACACUUCUAGCUGCAGAUGAUGAUUACAUUGACAUGGAAGUGAGCUCAUACUCCAGCUUCUUCUGCCACUCUUCAAGCACUCUUCCACAGCCUAGAGAAUUUGAGUUCCAAAUGUCCUCCAUUGUUCAAGAGAAGGAAACAACAACCUCUCCAGCUGAUGAGCUUUUCUACAAAGGAAAGCUUCUCCCUCUUCACCUUCCCCCUCGGUUACAAAUGGUUGAAAAACUCCUUCAAAACUCCAACUCUCCUUUUGACAAGGAAAAAGAUAUCUUUGAAGAGUUCUAUAGCACUCCUCUUGCCACCACUUAUACAACUCCAAUUGCAGGCACCCCAUUUGAAUCCUGCAACAUCUCACCAUCUGACUCUUGCCAAGUUAGCAGAGAGCUAAAUCCUGAAGAGUACUAUAAUUUUGACUACCCAACAGAUACAAGUAAAUUUUCUGUUGAAAACCAGAAGAAGUCAUGGACCAAGAAACUGAAGCAGUCUUCACUAGGUUCAAAGUUGAGGGCUUCAAGAGCUUAUCUCAAGUCUUGGUUUGGAAAAUCUGGUUGCUCAUAUGAAACCUAUGCAACCUCAACAAAAGUUGCAGAUGAAGGUUCAGUUUCAAAAGCCAGGGAAGUCUUAAACAAGCAUGUGCAAGUGGCAAAGAAAAAUUCAUAUGGCCAAAUUUAUAGGGACAAAUACCAUUCCUCCAAUUCUGUGAUGAGAAGCUACCAAGAAAAGAGCAGUGAGGAUGGAGGUAACCAUCAUAGGCGAUCAUUCUCGGUCGGCAUCAAACUUCUUUCAGGUAACAAGUCAUCAACACCUCCAUCAUUGUCUGGCUCAACUUCAUUUUCCUUUUCAAACAAAUCAUAUGGCUCUCAAGCUCGCCAGCUUCUGAAAAGGUGCAGCAGUGUGAAUUCAGAGAUAGAAAAUUCAAUACAGGGAGCAAUAGCACACUGCAAGAAGUCUCAGCAAAUGUUCUCUUCAAAGAAGACAGCGAGUGAAGUAGGACUCUACUCAAUGUCUGCUUCCAGAACCUCAGUUUGUGAGGAUCAUGAAAGAGCAGAACUUUGCAGGGGUUGA